AAACGAUCUCUUCAAGUUCAUUGUGGAGUCUGGAGCGAAGCCACCCAGUUUUGUUGGUCAGUCUAGCCUAUCAUGUAUGCAAAGAAACACAGAAGACGGACUGUAUCUGCAAAGAGACAUCCUAUCGCUGUUUCCUCAAAAUGACGAAUUCCUUCCACCAUCUACUAACGUGGUGCACGCACAAGAAUCCUCACAGGGUUUUCCCGGAAUCCCCGGGAAUUCCCCUUCUACCGUGCACUAUGUAUGGUGCGCGAAACGAUAUUUCCGAUUCGAGGACUACCUCGGCGUUCUAAGCGCUCUUCGUGUCUUAGAACCCGGGAAGCUGGUGUUUCACUAUAACAGUCUGCCUAAAGUAGAUGGCAUGUACUACAAUACGUGGUUCUGGGAGCUGAAACAAUCGACACAUAACCUUGAACUUCGAAAGACCAACAGACGACUGGAGUGUGGCACAUCUGACUCCCUCAUUUUCGGAUUAGAACAAAUAACAAAAUCGGAGGGCGGCGGGGUUUAUCUCGGAGAAAAAACUAUAAUCACCCACAUCCCUCAAGAGUGGAAAACGAGAGAUUUCUUUUCGUUCUUCCCGGAUGAUGAGAAAUAUUUCACCACGGGACAAGGGAUAUUUUUUGCGAAGCGGAAAUUCCCGAUAGACGAUUUGGCGAACUUCACGGCAUCCAUCUUGAGCGUCACGAAACCAUGCGUAACCACAGACGCUUUUGACGCAGAACACCUGAGCUUUGAUCCGACCGUACGUGCGAGUGUCCAAAGUUCCUCUGAGUGCAUCAUUCUCACAAGCCGAAUCUAUCCCAAGGACAUUAUGGAGUCACCCUUAGCAAGCCACAGCAUGGCCAGAUGGUUGUACUACGGGACUGGCGACAAGACUGUUGCAGCACCAGACCCAGAGGACGAGCCACUGAUCCCUAUGAUCGCCCACAUGUUCUGUUUACGAAACGACGGGGAAGACAGGACCACCAUCGCGUUUCCUUUCAACGCCUACCUGGGAGUGCUCUCGGCUCUGUAUGUGGCUGGGUUUGAGCACCUCUACAUUCACGGGAACAUACGACCAGAGGGGCCGUGGUGGGACAAACUGAAGGGGGAAAACAUCACAUUUGUACCGUUGGAUGUGUUCAAGACAGUUUACCAACGUCCUGUGGUAAAAGCUCAGCACAAGACAGACAUAAUGAGGAGUAGCACAUUGCUCAAAUAUGGAGGCGCUUACAUGGACUGGGAUGUGGUAUGGUCUAGCCCAAUCCCCACGAGCCUCCGCAGGUACCAGGCUGUGGUGUCCAUGGACUGGCCAGUCUACCCCGAGUGGCCUGAGUCCUUCAACCUUGGCGUGGCCCUGGCUAAACCAGGCGCACCCUUCUUACGUCAUUUCACGGAGACUUUCAGGUUUGUAGCGGAAGGGGCGUGGCAUUUCAACGCCCUCUUGAUGCCCUACCGACUGUUUGAACAGUACCCACACACAGUCCACAUCGAGAGGCGACUCCAGGUGAUCUGUUACAACAACAUCUGUCACCCAGCCUGGCACAAGGACUACAUACGACAGCUGUCUGACUCACGACCCACCGAGCCUUUUGACCCGGAAGAAAUCCAAG